AGCUAACAAUAAACUAAUUUUUAUAAUUGAACAUAAUUUUAUUAAUUUGUUAUCACAUUUAUUUUGGAGAAAGACGUUGUAAGAGUGGUUGGAAGUUGGAACUGAUAUGUCAGAAAUACCCCUACUUUUGAAAUGACGCAAAAGACCUCAAAAUGACCCAAUCAACCCUAACCUUUGUUCACAAUACCAAAGCUGUUCAGUUCAGUGUUCACCUCCACUUUCCAGUUCCCACCAUCUUCUCUCUGUCUCUUUUGUCUCUCUCUCUUUUCACUCACAGGAUGACACGCCAAUCGAUCUUCGAGUGAUUCUCAUCACUCUCUUCUCCACUUCUUCAGUUUGUUUAGCGAAGAAGCACUUUUAUACAUAUAGCAGAGAAAAUGGUGCUGUUAUUAGCUCAUUGCAGGUUUGAGGGGUUGAUCUUUACCUUAUAGGAGUUUAGACCCAAAACCUUGACAUCAUGGAACUGAUGGAAGACCACACUUUUGUUGUUGGUCAAGAAUUCCCUGAUGUGAAGGCAUUCCGGAAUGCAAUUAAAGAAGCUGCUAUUGCACAGCAUUUUGAGCUUCGAAUUAUCAAAAGUGACCUGAUUCGCUACUUUGCUAAGUGUGCCUCAGAUGGCUGUCCAUGGCGAAUCCGUGCUGUCAAGCUACCUAAUUCCCCAACAUUUACUAUACGAAGUCUCGAAGGAACCCAUACAUGUGGGAGAAAUGCUCACAAUGGCCACCACCAGGCUUCUGUUGAUUGGAUUGUGGGUUUUAUAGAAGAAAGGUUGCGAGAAAACAUUAAUUAUAAGCCGAAAGAUAUCUUACACGAUAUCCAGAAACAAUAUGGUAUAACUAUACCAUAUAAGCAAGCUUGGCGUGCUAAGGAGCGGGGACUUGCGGCAAUCUAUGGUUCUUCUGAAGAAGGGUAUUGCCUGCUCCCUUCAUAUUGUGAACAGAUAAAGAAAACAAACCCUGGAAGUGUUGCAGAGGUGUUUACCACUGGUCCAGAUAACCGCUUUCAGAGGCUUUUUGUUUCCUUUCAUGCAUCAAUCCAUGGUUUCCUUAAUGGUUGUUUGCCUAUUGUUGGGUUUGGUGGAAUCCAGCUGAAGAGUAAAUACCUUAGCACAUUGCUUUCAGCGACUUCUUUUGAUGCUGAUGGAGGUUUGUUUCCACUAGCAUUUGGUGUUGUCGAUGUUGAAAAUGAUGACAGCUGGACAUGGUUCCUGUCUGAGUUGCAUAAGGCACUUGAGUUGAAUAAUGGAAGCAUACCAAAGAUUAUAUUUUUGUCAGAUGGGCAAAAAGGUAUUGUGGAUGCAGUGAGAAGGAAGUUUCCAAACUCGUCUCAUGCAUUCUGCUUGCGUCACUUAAGCGAAAGCAUUGGCAAGGUGUUCAAGAAUUCUAGGCUUGUCCACCUUCUGUUGCAGUCUGCAUACGCCACCACGACCGCUUCGUUCAAAGAAAAAAUGGCCGACAUAGAGGAGAUCUCUCCCGAAGCUGCUAAAUGGUUACAGCAAUUUCAUCCCUCCCAAUGGGCCCUUGUGUAUUCUGAAGGGACUCGAUAUGGCCAUCUAUCCUCUAAUAUUGAGGAGUUCAACAGAUGGAUUCUUGAAACCAGAGAGUUACCAAUCAUCCAGGUGAUUGAGAGGAUUCAUAGCAAGCUUAAGAGUGAGUUUGAUGAGAGGCGAUCGAUAGGCAGUUCAUGGUGUUCUGUACUUGCCCCAUCAGCUGAGAGGCGAAUCUCUGAAGCUGUUAGUCAGGCACCUACAUAUCAAGUCCUUAGAUCAGAUGAAGUAGAGUUUGAAGUUCUUUCCACUGAUCGAUCAGACAUUGUAAAUAUUGGUAGCCAUAGCUGUUCCUGCCGUGAUUGGCAGCUAUAUGGGAUCCCAUGCUCCCAUGCAGUUGCUGCUCUUAUUUCAUGUCGAAAAGAUGUCUAUUCAUUUACCAUGAAGUGCUUCACUGUUACAAGUUACAGAGAAACAUAUUCCAAGGAAAUACAACCCCUCCCAGGAAAGCUUGAAUGGAGAAAAACAGAAGAGUCUGCCAUGGAGGAUGAUAUCAUCGUUGUAAGACCACCAAAAUUCAGGAGACCACCAGGCCGCCCUGAAAAGAAACGAAUGUGUGUGGAGGUCCUUAACCGUGAGAAGCAUACAGUGCAUUGUAGUCGGUGUAAUCAAACUGGACAUUACAAGACAACUUGCAAAGCAGACAUGAUCAAGAUGAUCAAUAGCAUAUAACAGUUUUAGUUGUCUAAUUUUUACUGUGCAGUUCAUCAAAGAGCUAGCAUAUUAGCUUCUAGGGAGCCUUAUGUUUAGGACCUGCUUAAUAUUCAGGUCAUGUAAGAUAGACGUAUCACCGAUCAACUGGUGUAACAGAAACGACGUUUUUUUUUUCUUUGGAGCAUUGGCAGGUUUGUAAUCAAAAUCUAGAGAGGCUUGGUUGUAGAAAGAGUAAGAAAAACAGAGUAUGAAUAAAAUGAAGAAGAAAUUUGCUCGCUUUUAUACA